AUUUAAUUACCCGGAUGCGGAAGUGCUUGUUCUUUUCUCUCUCGGGUACUGUGGCGGAUACGUUGAGCAUCUCGGCAGCCGUUGCCAGAAGCCGUCGCCAUGCCUCGCAAAAUUGAAGAAAUCAAAGAUUUUCUAUUGACAGCCAGGAGGAAAGAUGCAAAAUCUGUCAAGAUCAAGAAGAACAAAGAUAACGUGAAGUUUAAGGUGCGCUGCAGCCGGUAUCUGUAUACACUGGUCAUCACAGACAAGGAGAAGGCUGAAAAACUGAAGCAGUCUCUGCCACCAGGUUUGGCUGUGAAAGAGUUGAAAUGAACCAAUCAUCCCUGGAAUCUGGCCCGUAGAUUGUAAUAAAGGAGUUACCUGUUUUUC